AUGGGUUACAAAAUCUUCACUCAUGAAAUCCAUUCAAGUUAUGCUGCUCGAAUUGAUAACUUUAGAAGCUAUGACUCCAUAAGUAAAGACAUAAUUCAAAGGUGGACAUACCCUUUAGUGCCAGAUGUUCAGUUUUCAAUCAACAAUGCCACCAAACUUGAGAGACACGGGAUUUAUCGCGCAUCCAACAUAACACAGUCUCGUUCUUCACAAGUGGGACCCUUUACAUAUAUCGGGAAAGACACCUUUAUUGGAAACAACACAAUAAUUUCAAAUUCGGUUGUUGGGGAUGGGUGUAAAAUCGGUUCUAAUGUUGCCAUUGAUGGAUGCUAUAUAUGGAAUAAUGUAACAAUACAAGAUGGAUGCAAACUAAGACAUGCAAUAUUAUGUGAUGGAGUUGUGAUGAAGUCAGGGGCAGUUUUGGAACCUGGUGUUGUUUUGUCUUAUAAAGUUGUUGUGGGACAAGAAUUUGUUGUCCCGAGUUACUCAAAAGUUUCUUUACUUCCACAACCAGUGAAACAAGAUAGUGAUGAGGAGCUUGAAUAUGCUGAUAGUAAUAGUGGGAUCAUAGAAACAACAAACACCCUUGAAAAUGGUGAUUCAACAAAUGAUUGUGUUGUAUCUGAGAUUGGUAAAAAUGGGCGUGGUUUCAUUUGGUCAAUGAGUGAAGUUGACCAUGAAGAAGAAUGGAGACAUUCGGUUGCACCAAUACCUGAUUCUAAACUUAUCGAGCUUACCCAAGCGGUUUAUGAUGAUCUUGAAGCUUUAAUCCAAGAUGACUCUUUUCUUCCACUUUCUGAUGUUAGAGAAUCCGAUACUGAAACUGAUGAUGAUAAUAGAGAUGAGUCACAGUACUUUGAGAAAGAGGUUGAAGCGACAUUCUUGAGGGGGGUUAAUGAAAAUGUGAAAGAUGACCAUAUUAUCCUUGAAGUGAACUCACUUCGGUUGUCAUACAAUAUGGCUCUUGAGAAUUGUGCUAGUGCUUUGUUUUAUUCCAUGAUGAAAUUGGCGCUUGAUGUUUCACGUAAUACUGGUAAAGAUUUGGUGAAGAGCACAAAUGAUGUGAUUUCUCAAUGGGGGAAGUUGUUGAAACCUUAUUUAAAUGGUAUUGAUGAUGAAAUUGAAGUGAUAUUGAAAUUUGAAGAAAUGUGUUUGGAGUCAGGGAAGGAGUUUGCAAUACUGUUUGUGCAGAUUUUGCAUGUUUUGUAUGAUAAAGAUAUAAUUCAAGAGGAGGCGAUUCUUAAUUGGGCAAGAUUGAAAAAGUCAAGGUUGAAUGAAGGAGGUGUAGAAGUGAAGAAAAACAUGGUUGGUUGUUGAGUCUACCAAUGAGUUGGUUUUUUGGGUUGUUGAAAUCUAUGUUUGUGCUUACAUUUUGGAUGAUUUAAGAUUUAAACAUAGAUUUAGAUUUUGGUAGAAAUUUAGGUAAGAUUGAUGAUAUCAUACGGUUAUUUAAUUCCUAUCAUGGGAGAGUGAGUUUGUCCUUGCUAUUUUGUGUCAACUGGG